AAGGCGUUUUUAUCCGCAUAUCCCUGUAUUCGUCGGCUGGUCACUCUGGUUGAAACUUUUCGCAAAAACAGCGGCAGUUUAGUUGAAUUUUUCUCGUGUUUUUCGCUAUCAAAACGAACUAGAAAAAGUCCAGAAUGUCCUUCGUAAAGAAUGCUCGUUUGCUGGCCGCCCGCGGCUCCCGGUUGGCCCAAAACCGCAGCUAUUCGGAUGAGAUGAAGCUGACCUUCGCCGCCGCCAACAAAACCUUCUACGAUGCCGCCGUGGUGCGCCAAAUCGAUGUGCCCUCCUUCUCCGGAUCCUUCGGCAUCCUGGCCAAGCACGUGCCCACUCUGGCUGUUCUGAAGCCCGGAGUCGUACAGGUGGUGGAAAACGAUGGCAAACUCAUCAAGUUCUUCGUGUCCAGCGGUUCCGUCACCGUCAACGAUGACUCCUCCGUCCAGGUUCUGGCCGAGGAGGCCCACAACGUCGAGGACAUCGAUGUCGGCGAGGCGCGCCAGCUGCUCGCGAAAUACCAGUCACAGCUCAGCUCCGCUGGCGACGACAAGGCCAAGGCCCAGGCUGCCAUCGCCGUGGAGGUCGCCGAAGCGUUAGUUAAGGCUGCCGAAUAGACGUAAUCACCACACUACCGCCACCAAUAAACCACAAUCGAUGCUUUGUGUCUGAAAUAAAUAAAACGUAACGAUCCCCUUAAAAAGCAAGAGCGUUAUGAAACAAUAAAAAGCGAAUCAUAAUAUCGUAUUAAUGACCGGUGAUCCACCAGCAAACAUCAAA